AAACCUAAUAUUUCUGCAGUUACAUCUCCAGCCCUAAGAUACUUUGUUUUAUAAUUCUUCGGGUUUCUCUAGGGUUCUCAGCUGUGUGAGUAGUCCAUUAGGGUGAUAAUACUUGGUGGGUUUGAAGUAAAUGUCAGGGAAAAUGGAAAAAAGCUAAGUAGACAAAUCUGCACCUAAUGAGAGCAAAUUGUAUAAAAAUGUGCUCACAGCUGACUCAUAGAGUGAUGAAGAAUAAUCUACAGCUAGGCAUCCUUGAGGUCUGAUUGCAGAAGUGAAGCUGGUCCUCCACACCUAGAUUUUAUUUAAGGACAACACCAGGGCUUUCCCAGUCUUUAGAAAGAAGACCGGCGUGGGGAGAUGCAUUCCUUCCUAGUUCUCCCAAGCCAUGGCACUUCCCAGCAAACUCCAGUUUGGAUUUUGCUGCUUUGCCUGGCUGUGUUUUCUUACUAGCCUCAGCUCUCAGGCUUCUAGGGGAGAAUCCCAGACUGGAACCAGUGCAGCUUUGGAGUCUGAGGCAGAUCCUUGGUCCUUGCUGCUGCCUGUAGAUGGGACCGACAGUUCGGGUCUCCUGCCUCCCCUCUUUAAGGUCCUGUCUGAUAGGAGAGGUGAGGCCCCUAAGCUGCAACCUGACUCCAGAGCGCUCUACUACAUGAAAAAGCUCUAUAAGACAUAUGCUACCAAGGAAGGGGUUCCUAAACCCAGCAGAAGUCACCUCUACAACACUGUUCGGCUCUUCAGCCCCUCUACCAAGCAUGAGCCAGCGCCUGGCAACCAGGUGACAGGACCCCUGCCGAUGGCGGACCUGCUGUUUAACCUGGAUCGGGUGACAGCCAUGGAACACUUGCUCAAGUCAGUCUUGCUGUACGCGCUCAACAACUCGGCUGCUUCCUCCUCCACUGCGACCUGUGUGGGGGACCUCGUGGUAAAGGAGCCCGAGUCUUCCGGCAAGGCUCUCCUCCGGGUACCAUACUCGUUUACCUUGAAGAAACACAGAUGGAUCGAGAUGGAUGUGACCUCCCUCCUCCAGCCUCUGGUGGACUCCAGCGAGAGAAGCAUUCAUAUGUCUGUCAAUUUUACGUGCACAAAAGACCAGGCCCCCAAGGACGGGGUGUUUAGCAUGCCUCUGUCUGUGCCUCCCUCGCUCAUCUUGUAUCUCAACGACACCAGUGCACAGGCCUAUCACUCCUGGCAUUCCCCUCACUCCUCCCGGAGGCCUUUGCAGCAUCCUGGCCAGGGCAGCGUGGCCACCCAGCCUGUGCAAGAAAAGGCUGCCGAGGUCAAAAGAUCUGCCCGGCACCGUCGAGGGCAGAAAACCAGCCACUUGGAAGCCAAGAAGCCACAUCUUACAGCCUCCUUCAAUCUCAGCGAAUACUUCAAACAGUUUCUUUUUCCCCAAAACGAGUGUGAACUCCAUGACUUCAGGCUGAGUUUCAGUCAGCUCAAAUGGGACAACUGGAUCGUGGCCCCACACAGAUACAACCCCAGGUACUGUAAAGGGGACUGUCCCAGGGCGGUCAGGCAUCGGUAUGGCUCUCCUGUGCACACCAUGGUUCAGAAUAUCAUCUAUGAGAAGCUGGACCCCUCCGUGCCAAGGCCUUCAUGUGUCCCUGGCAAAUACAGCCCCUUGAGCGUGUUGACCAUUGAACCCGACGGCUCCAUUGCUUACAAAGAGUACGAAGACAUGAUAGCUACCAGAUGUACCUGUCGUUAGCAUGGGCCCGCUCCACCAACACCUGAACCCAUCGGCAGAGCAACCCUGUGGGCUUUAGCAUGCCUGGACAGAGAGCUUCACGUGACCAACCGCUCCAUGUCACUCUGCACACUGUGUGAGGGGGGGAGUGUGUGUCAAUGAGUGUGUUGUGGGUAGCGUCUCUGGGUAUAAAGGGCACAACACCGAUUAUUGCCACAAACCACGUGAAAUGCUUGUGUGGCGCUCUUCCUUUUUCUCUUCCCGUGAGUGUCUCUGAUGCACAAACUCGUUAGCACAAGUCCCGAGUGGAAAUGUAGCUGUGAACACUUAGUGUGCUGUGGUUUUAUGUGAUAGAAGAAUAAAUAAAUUCCUGUU